AUGAUUUCUAUAUCUGGAAAAUGUCUCACUGAUUUCGGCCUACCCCCACCACAGCGAAGAGGGGAAUUAUCGAGCGAAGUGGUGAAGGAGCUAAAUUAUGACACCGCUGUUUUGAAAGCGCAGGUGAAUGAAAUGAUACCACGAUUACUUUCCGAGCAGCGUCAAAUCUACGAAACGAUUCUGAACCGAGUAAAUAGUGGAGAGGAGCGAUUAUUCUUUCUUGACGCACCAGAGGGUACGGGUAAGAAGUUUGGGCUGAAUCUCCUGCUAGCCCAACUCCGCAAGGACCACAAUAUAGCUCUGGCUGUAUCUUCCUCGGGCAUUGCUGCAACUUUUCUUAACAGUGGCCAUAUUGAACAUUCCGUUUUCAAAUUUCAGCUUAAUCUUCCAAGCGAACAUACCCCAACAUGCAACAUCACCAAAAACAACGACCGGGGAGUCCUUUUACAGCAGUUCAAGUUUAUAGUAUGGGACAAGUGCACAAUGUCGCACAAGCAUGCAUUAAAAGCGUUAAACCGCAGCCUACAGGACAUCCACGGCAGUCAAGCAGUGAUGGGCGGCUUUGCCGUUUUGCUCACAUCCGAUUUUAGACAGACACUGCCAAGUGUUGAUCAGACCGUCAUACAUACACAUCAAAAUUUACAUAAUUCCCACGCGAACGAAGUCUCGGGUAAAAGCUAG